AUGUCAAUUAAUAUUCAGAAAAGUUCUGAUAACUGCAUUAUAUCAGGUUAUAAAGUCACUGAUACUUCUAAAUAUAUCAUCUUUGCGGAAUUAAGCAUUUCUGGUCCAGUUAAAAGUUCCCUUAAAUUACAUAUCGUUGAAAAGGAAAAGACAUUAAAAUUUGAAAUUUCAUUGAAUAUAGGGCUUUAUGAUGAAGUUGAUUAUAGCGUUUUAAACCACUUUGAGAUUAUAGAUGCUCCUAUCCUCUCUAAAAACAAAAUUGAAAAGAAAAGUGUAUUGGUAAUAAAUACUGGCAAUGGUAUUCAGAUUAUAAGCCUUGAACAGCUCUUUGGAUUCCGGGAUACCGAGAGUGAAGUCCAAAAAUGGUACCUAGAUCAAAAUGCUGAUCGAAUAAUGAGUUUUGUGUCAAAAGCUACAUCAACCGGUUUUAUAGAAAUCUGGUUUUGCACCAAGUUAGGCAAAAUUUUGAGUGUUAGAUAUUCGUUGAUACAUGAGAAUUUUACCUCCCAUAGGCAGUUACUAGGAUCUUCGAAUGAUACAUUAAAUUAUAUGUCUGCGGGAUACAGGGAAAAUUCCCAGUGGGAAGAUAAAAUUGGUCCUUUGAAGCAUGUUGCGGUAGCGUGUUUUGACAAUAAUAUAUAUUGGCUGUCGAAUGGUAAUAUUGAAAAGCAAAGCAUUCUACAAUAUAUGGAUAACAAUGAAGAGCAUACAUUAAUUAGCGUAGAGUUUGCGAUAGUCAAGCAAUUUAGUACUACAUCUAUUAUUUACUUUUGUGGGCAGAUCAUGAAUCUUGGAUGUGUACUUUACAAAAGAAGUACUAGAGGUGAUUGGAAUCUUGUGCAUGUAUUCGAAAGGGCCGCAUCGAGAACGGAAUGUUCUCCGCUGAUUAAUUGCCAAGUUCAUUUUGACGGUAAUUCCAUACUUACUAUAGUAUCAGGGAGUGAAUGUGGAAAGUUGUAUGUUUGGAAAUACGACUAUAAACUGGAGAUGGAAAUAGGUAGUAACUGCAUAGAAGUUGCCCGGGAGCAUGACAUAAUUCACAAUAUACAGCUCCUAAGCGAUUCAAAAAUAUACUUCCUGUGCAAUAGACAGGAGUUGAACUAUGUAGAUGUUUAG